ACAAGGAGGGCUCUUGAUAAAGCAGGGUGUUUGCAAAGAUUUUGUUGCUAAUUGCAUAAAAAAACGAGCUGCGGAAGGCUGGUCAACUUUGAAGUCACAGAGCAAGAAGAAGGAGAAAGCAGCAGCUGAAGCGAGAAGCAUCUCAGUGAAGGAAAAGAUCUGGGGAAGAGAACAUCUCACUGACAGCAGCUCCAGCACAGCCUGCUUCUCUCUCUCCUUGGCUUUCUCUUCCCCAUUCUUGUGUUCUUUUCUCUCUUUCUCCCUUCUGUCUCCUUCUCUUACUCCCUCUUUCUUGCUGUCCCUUCCCUGACAGACUCCACUCCAGAUCUGUGCUGGCUGCUACCUACAAACUUUUUUGAGCGGAUCCCCUUAAACCAGCAGACAAGUAACUGCUGCUCUUCUGCCUUCGGCUUCUUUGAUCGUCAGAGAGGCGAUGACACAAGAGUUUUAACUAUUUCGGCUGAAACUUGGGAGACAGUUUUUUUGUUUUGUUUUUUAAAAUCUACCUUUUAAUUGCGCAGCCAAACGCUCUUAGUGCCGGGUGUUAAGAGUUUAAUGAGUGGCAAUGUGUAGCAAAGCGAUCCUAGCACUACUGGUCUAUGGGAUAAUAAUGCACUGCAGCGUCUACUGCUCACCUGCUGCUGGAUUUCAAUACCCUGCGCUAAGGAUUUCUCAGGAGGCACCGCCACAUGCGUCUGAAUUCUUGCCCUUUGCUUUCCGGGCUAGGCUGGAAGAUGAAGUGUAUGACGAGGAUGGAAACACGCUGCAGGAUUUCGCCUUUGACAACGACCCCCUUGGCAUAGCGAACCCUUCCUCCAUGAUAGACGACAUGUACACCCUGUACUACCCACCGGAAAAGAGGCACGCCGAUGGGAUAUUUAACAAAGCCUACAGGAGAGUCCUGGGUCAGCUAUCCGCUCGGAAAUACCUGCAUUCUUUGAUGGCCAAACGGGUGGGCGGUGCCAGCGGCCUGGAGGACGACUCGGAACCGCUCUCCAAACGGCACUCGGAUGGCAUCUUCACAGACAGCUACAGCCGCUACCGGAAACAAAUGGCUGUCAAGAAAUACUUGGCAGCGGUCCUGGGGAAAAGGUAUAAACAAAGAGUUAAAAACAAAGGACGCCGAGUAGCGUAUUUGUAGCGCUGAGUAACCCACCACUCCUGUGUAUACAGAGCCCCUAAAAAAAGAAAACAAAAGUCAUUUCCAAAGUGACUGAACAAUCACCGCUCCUGUGUUAUCUAAACAUGUAUUUAUGUAUGAAGUAAAGCCAUUAAAUGAAUAUUUUGAUAAUAA